ACCUUCGAGCGAGCAGUUGCGAAAUGGCCGAGAGCUAUCGAGUGGAAACGAUACCACCGUACACGGUGUUGGGCGAAGGGCCACACUGGGACAUCGGUCGGCAGAGUCUGUACUACGUGAGUCUGUGCGAUGCGUUGAUCUACCGGCUGGACUAUCGGGAGGGCAAAGUGUACGGUGCAUCGAUCGAUGGCAUCAGUUUCGCAACGUUCAUCGUGCCGCUGACGGAUAAGCCGGAUUGUUUCGUCAUCGGUGACACGAUACGGUUGCUGGUGAUUCGCUGGGACGGGAAGUCGACCAAGGCGACCAUCGUCCGGGAGCUGGCAAGCCUCGGCCCGGAGCAUGUGAACAAUCGGUUUAACGACGGGAAGGUUGAUCCCUGGGGCAGGCUUUAUGUGGGCUCGAUGCUGAACGAAUCGGCCGGCAGUCCGUUCGAGAAGGCGACCGGGUCGUUGUGGCGGUACUGUGACCGUACCGGGGCGCUGGUCGAGCAGGACCGGCACAUGUACAUCUCGAACGGAUUGGCCUGGAAUCGGCAGACGAACAAGUUUUACUUCGUCGAUUCAGGUGCGAAUCACAUCAAGGAGUACGACAUCGAUCUGGACGGCAAUUUAACGAACGCAAAUAUUUGGUUCGAUUUCAAAGGGGAUGGUAAAGAUCCGGGCUACUUUGGCGAUGGGAUGACGAUCGAUAGCGAGGGCAACCUGUUUGUGGCGUGCUUCAACGGAUACAAAGUGCUCAAAAUCUCACCAGAUAAAAAGAUACUCCAAGAAAUUAAGAUCCCUGCGAAACAGGUCACCUCAGUGGCGUUCGGAGGACCAAAGCUGGACGAGCUGUUCGUGACGACUGCGUCUAAAAACUUUUCUGGACCUCAGCAAGACCCUGCCGGAGCAGUCUUCAAGGUGACAGGACUUGGAGCGAAAGGCCUGGCAAUGAAUGCAAUCAUUUUGAAGGAAUAACCUGGAGGAGCUGUAUCAUUUUCGUUUAGUAUGAGCUUAGAUAUUACUUUGGGAGACUAAAAAAUCAUUUGGAUUAAAUAAAAACCUUAUUGCUCACGAUUA